AUCAGAUCGGUCCCAUAUUAACACGGAACCUUUUUACGAGAGGACCGUAACAAGCGUGCGUCCCGAACAGCGAGCAUACUCACCAGUCAGAAAUCCAUCCAUAAACAGAAAUGCUUCAGCGAGCAUCAACGCUGAUGUUCAGGCAGAUUGCCAGGCACAGGUCCACAGAUACCAGCCUCAUCUUAGAGAGAUCCAUUAACCGGGUCCAGCUGCUGGGGCGUGUGGGUCAGGACCCUGUUAUGAGGCAGGUUGAAGGUAGAAACCCCGUCACCAUCUUCUCCAUGGCCACUAAUGAGAUGUGGCGCUCCGGAGAGGGAGAAGUCUCACAAACAGGAGACGUCAGUCAGAAGACAACGUGGCACAGAAUCUCAGUGUUCAAGCCCGGGCUCAGAGACGUGGCCUAUCACUACGUAAAGAAAGGGUCUCGGAUUCUGGUGGAGGGGAAGCUGGACUACGGAGAGUACGUGGAUAAGAAUAACGUGAAAAGGCAGGCCACCACCAUCAUUGCAGAUAACAUCGUGUUUUUGAGUGAAAUACGAGAUCGAGAGUGAAGGUUUGUCCUGGAAGCUCAGUAACCCAUACAUAAUGUAUUACUAUACUCUUUUUUUUUUCCUUCAUUCUUUCGAGUGACCGGAUGAUUGCCGGGUUGUUCAGCAGGCAAAUGAAGGUGUUAUGAUUGUCUGAAGUCUUUCUGUGACCAGGAGCUGACCAGUUUAAAUUUCUAUACUUUGUCAAAACAUAUUUGUUUUUAUUACUGAUAUACUGAUGUACUCGAAACUGUAUUGUAAUAAAAAAAAAAAUACUAAACCCCUGUCGUUAGAGGCAUGGUGUUUACUCUUCACAGUG